AUGGUAAGACCAGUGGAGGAACAUUUCCCCUUCAUGCUCCCUAUCAACAUUCGCUGCAACUCCUGCUCCCAAUAUAUUUACCAGGGCACCCAUCUCUUUGUACGCAAGGAGGAGGAUCUUGAUGAGAAGUAUCCAGACUUUGAAAGCUGCCAGAUACGCCUCAAGUGUACAAAUUGCUCUGCUAAGAUUUGGAUUAGGUCGGACCCAGCACACAGAGACUAUGCUGUUGUGUCUGGCGCUACCAAAAAGCGUCAGGUUGCAGUGUCGAAAAAACUGAAAAGGGAAGCUGAAGAGGGUGGAGAUGCACUGAAAUCUUUAGAGAACACAACCUUGGGUUCUAAAAGAGAGAUUGCUGCGCUGGAUGAGAUGAAAUCCAUGGAGUCCCAACAUGCAACUGUGAGUGCAGAUGCUACGCUUGAGGACUCGCCAACCAAAGUUGCCAAGAGGGAUGUGCAGCUAAAUGAAGAAGUUGCAAAGUUCUCAGUAUUCGGGCAAGCAUCUGAUAGCUUCAAUGAUGAAGGGCUCAGCUCUCCACCUAGUAAAAUGGAAGGCCACUCUGCUUCUUUCCAUGCCAUGAGAAAAGGCAUCUUGACUUCAAGUUCGACCGGAAACUUAGGGGCUCAGCCAUUAAGCCUCUCCAAGUAUGAACCUUGGAUAUUAGCUGCUGCCGCCAGCACCAUUGACAGGAAAUUUGUUGCUCAAGUUUGCUUGGCAAAGGACAACUCUUCAACUGCUCGUUACCAUCAACACUGGUUGAGGAAUCAGUUGAACAAUCUUACAGUUAUUACUCUGGAUAUAAUGGAAGUGACAGAUCCUCAGAUUUCUAGGGCAUAUGACUUCUGUCCAAAUGGUAAAUUUCCCAUGAAGCAUGAAGAAUAG